AUGGCACCGAAAGCGAAGAAGGAAGCUCCUGCCCCUCCCAAAGCCGAAGCUAAAGCGAAGGUCUUGAAAGCCAAGAAGGCAGUGCUGAAAGCCGUCCACAGCCACAAAAAGAAGAUCCGCACAUCGCCCACAUUUCGGCGGCCCAAGACCCUGCGGCUACGAAGGCAGCCUAAAUACCCCCGGAAGAGCGCGCCCAGGAGGAACAAGCUUGACCACUAUGCCAUCAUCAAAUUCCCCCUGACCACCGAGUCAGCCAUGAAGAAGAUAGAAGGCAACAACACACUUGUGUUCAUUGUGGACGUCAAGGCCAGCAAACACCAGAUCAAACAGGCUGUGAAGAAACUCUAUGACAUCGAUGUGGCCAAAGUCAACACCCUCAUAAGGCCCGACGGAGAGAAGAAGGCAUAUGUUCGGUUGGCUCCUGAUUAUGAUGCUCUGGAUGUUGCCAACAAAAUUGGAAUCAUCUAAACUGAGCCCAGCCGGCUAAUUCUAAAUAUACACUUU